AUGCCUCCUGUUAUUUUUGACGCUCCGGACUUCCAUCAUUCCAAACAUCGCCCGAAAGAUUGGUGUUUCGACAAAGACAGCAACCAGAGUUACACCCCAUCGGUUUCUCCAACACCACGGUUCAAUGGUUCGCGCCAUCGCCACGAAGUCAAACUUCUUGAGCAGGAUCAGUCGGCCAACCAUGUAAACAUAUUAGAGAGUAUGGCUGGAUACACACGUACACGUAACAACAGUCAAUUCGCCGACCGUUCGUCAACAUCGCACAAAGAUGUCGAAUACUCGCCAGAAGUCGACGAAGAUGCCGAACGUCUGGAAACAGAACCCAGUUUGUCCCGCAAACUAGUGGGUCAGAGGGUUAACACAACUAUUGUUAGACGUGGAAAGUCAAGCGAAAAGAAAGCGUCGGACACUAUCAGCUACAACCAAAGACAUGCCAAAUACAUUACACAAGAAGCAGGAAAUCACUCAGACUAUGACUCUAGCAGCGCACUAGGGGACUAUUUUAUUGGUUCAGAAUGCUCGCCCAGAGGCGACAGCGAUGAGUCGGCUCUUGGCGAACUCUUCAUAAUAGAUUCUCCAGAUCACAUGGUGGUCAACAACUCUCCGUCAGCUUCCAAUAGCGUUCUUGGAGAUCUCUUCUCAAGCGAAAGUAAUUCCGCAAACAAUUCGGAUGUGGACAGCACAUUGGGCGAGCUUUUUGUUGACUCCGAUUCAUUGGCUCCACCAAAUGCCCUACAGCUCUACAACGAUGCUUCCGCCUCAGAGGACAACAGUGUACGUCUGGGGGACUUGUUUUCAGAGUCGGGUGAUAUAGACAAUUCACAAGUGGACAAUGAUGAAACUAAUACUACUUUGGGCACAGCGGGUCCGCUGAUACGCUCCAUACGACUCGAUGUCGACCUGCCGGCACCAGUCACGACUUCAAGUUCUGUCGGAAUGCCAGCUCCAGCGAAUGCUUCCCUCAGCACCAUUUUUGCAGGCGAGACGGGACUUUGCAUGGUCAACGUCACUUCCGCUCACCCCAUGUUUCGCUUGGUUAAGAACUACGAGCAAAAAGUCACAACCAAUAAUCAACUGACCGAAGAGAAUACCAUGCUGCAAGAAAAAGUCACUCAGUUGCAACGUCAACUUGCCUUGGCCGAGUUACUUCAGGAAGAAGAUACAAAGCCAAAGAAACCGCAGCGGAAGAAAGGCAAUUCACAGAAGAGUGGCGCAGCCUCCGUUGGUGGCUCGUCGACUCCUUCUGAUCCUUUGGCACUCUUGACUGAAACGGUGGCGAACUUACAGAAGGCGAUGACCGAGGAGCGUGAAACGGUGGCGAACUUACAGAAGGCGAUGACUGAGCAGCGUGAAAAGGUGGCGAACUUACAGAAGGCGAUGACCGAGGAACGCGAAGCCUGGCAGAAAGUCGAGGCGACGUUGGCGUCUGAGAGAGACGAGCGUCUUUGGCAGUUAAGCGAUGUUGCGCGACGUACGGGCGAACUCGAGCAGUGGGCCGUUACUGCGGACCCUGAAAUACUUGAUCGCAUACGACUCCGUAGUCUUCUUGAUGAAGGUCAAGCAAAACUAGCCAGAUUUGCAGGGCUUGUUUCUGAGAAAGAUACUACUUCGUACGCGUCAAUGACAUGGCGGCUGAAAUUGAAAGGUGAAGAUGGGGAACCAGCAGCUGAUGAUGCCCGCUUGCGUACUGCACGCUCACUCCUGACUGGCAGAGGGGGUAUAAUUCCACAGGCAAUCCAGGUUGGAGACAAUCCUUGGAGAAGCAAUGAAACUUUAAACACAAACCGGGUGGUGUCCAACACCAGUGACCACCUUACUUCCGAACUACAGUCUCAUGGAAGCGAUAAGAAAUCUUAA